AUGAGCUCAUCAGAUUAUUAUGAUUCCGAUUCCGAUUCUGACAGUGAAGAUCGAAGAGACCACAACCCAAGUGUAUUUAAUCCAUUUAUUCAAAGGCAAAUUCAGUCAAAGACCGAAAACAAAAAUAACGCUUCUGAUGAAGAAACUGAUAAAGAAAUACCAGCUUACACAGUUUCCAAAUUUGUGCAUCCUUAUCAAUUAUUCCUUACCGAGCAUGAUCAAGAAAUAACAGAAAUAGCAAAACAACAAAAUUCAGAUCUAUUAGGUAAAAGGAUAAUAGCAUUACAACAAUUCGCAAAACUUCCUCCACAAGAAAAAGAAAAAUAUUUUGCGAAAGUUCCAAUAAUGAUGGAUCCAGGUCAAGAUCUCAACAGAAAUAAUACAACUAAUCCAUCUAAUCGAUCUGGUACAACUUAUCCAUAUUAUACAUCUAAUACAAAACCAAUAAACCAAGAUAAUAAAAAUAUAAUUCCCGAACGUAGUUCCAAAGAACCUUUAAGUACACAACCAACAAACAAUACCCAGUCCCCUCCAAGCUUCUUCAAAAGUAUUCCAAGACAGCCACCUCAAAAUUUACCAAGUCAACAAAUACCAAUAACAAACCAACCUAUUAAUCCAAAUCCAACUACCCAACAAGAAAAAGUCAUAGAAAAACAUGUAAAAGAAGUUGAAAAAGAAAUUAAACCAAUUCAACUCUCACCUAAAAAAGAGGAAGAACCUCAACAAAUCCAAGAAAUAGAAAACAAACUUGCUGAAAAAGAAGAAGUUAAAGAAAUUAAAGAAAAAGAAGAAGUUGAAGUAAAUGAAGAGAAAGAAGAUGUUGAAGAAAAUGAAGAAGAAGUUGAAGAAAAACCAAAAAUUAAAAAAGAAAAGAAGCAUAAACAUAAAAGCAAACACCAUCACCAUAAAAAGAAAACAAUAUACACAUACACUCCCUAUCAAAAUCCGUUCUAUUUUCCAAGUUUCCAGCAACCAUUUGGUUAUUAUCAGAAUCAGCAAAACGUAAUUGUAGCAGUACGCAAACAUCCAUCUUCUUCAUCAUCGUCUUCAUCAGAUUCAGACUGA